GAGCCACUGGCGCCGCGCCGCGCGGGUCCCUCCCCACGCAGUUCCCUCGGCGGGGUCUGUGCCGCCGUCGCUGCUGGGGCAGGACAAAGGCUCAUUAACACGUGAUGGGACCGCGCCUCAUAAAUGGGACUGGAGCGCGAGGGAGCCUGAGACAGAGCGCGAGCGGAGGGACAGACAGGGACCGAGCGAGCUGGGCGAGGCGACGGGCACCGGGACUGUGGAGACGUGCGACCCCACGCCGGUCCAGGCGGGGCGAGCGGGAGGAAUCUGCGAAGAGCCCAGGGAAGGGGCGAGGCUCGCGGGCGGAGGGGGCGCCAGUCCCGACACUUGUCGCUGGCGGGCGCUGCAGGCAGGGAACGCCGGCUCGUGGUUAGCGCAGACCGACUGACUUACUGACCGACGGACUGAGGCACAUCCCGCGCCACCCCACCCCGUCCACAUCCCAGCGCCGGCGCCGUUUCCCUCCUGUUACUCUCGCGGCCACCCCUUCCUUCUCCACUUCUUUUCCGCCUCCGCCUCUUGUAGGCUCCCUUGGCGCCAGUGCCUUCCCCUGGCCCGGGCGGGGCGCCUCCGCUCCCUGCAGAUCUCUCGGUAGAGUCAAGGGGGACGUUCCGUUCUAGCAGAGCAGCAGCCUCUGCGCCGGGCGAGAGGUGCCCAGGGAGCUUCCCAUCCAAGGACCAGGGCAUGCGAAGGAUGUCUUCACUCCAGGCAAGGAGCAGUCUUGGCUGAGGACUCUCUGCUGCCAGUGUCUUUCUCAGUCAUUUUGAGUGUGGCCUAAUUGAAGACAGAGGUUAUGAAGUCGAUCCUGGAUGGCCUUGCAGAUACCACCUUCCGCACCAUCACCACAGACCUCCUCUACGUGGGCUCGAAUGACAUUCAGUACGAAGAUAUCAAAGGUGACAUGGCAUCCAAAUUAGGGUACUUCCCACAGAAAUUUCCUCUAACUUCUUUUAGGGGAAGUCCUUUCCAAGAAAAGAUGACUGCAGGAGACAACCCCCAGUUAGUCCCAGCAGACCAGGUGAACAUCACCGAAUUUUACAACAAGUCUCUUUCAUCGUACAAGGAAAAUGAGAAUAUUCAGUGUGGGGAGAACUUCAUGGACAUGGAGUGCUUCAUGAUCCUGAACCCCAGCCAGCAGCUGGCCAUCGCCGUGCUGUCCCUCACGCUGGGCACCUUCACAGUCCUGGAGAACCUGCUUGUGCUGUGCGUCAUCCUCCACUCCCGCAGCCUCCGCUGCAGGCCUUCGUACCAUUUCAUCGGCAGCCUGGCCGUGGCAGACCUCCUGGGGAGUGUCAUCUUUGUCUACAGCUUCGUUGAUUUCCACGUGUUCCACCGCAAAGACAGCCCUAAUGUGUUUCUGUUCAAACUGGGUGGUGUCACAGCCUCCUUCACCGCCUCAGUUGGCAGCCUGUUCCUCACAGCCAUUGACAGAUACAUAUCUAUUCACAGGCCCCUGGCCUAUAAGAGAAUCGUCACCAGGCCCAAGGCUGUGGUGGCAUUUUGCCUGAUGUGGACCAUAGCCAUUGUGAUCGCUGUGCUGCCUCUCCUGGGCUGGAACUGCAAAAAACUGCAGUCUGUUUGCUCAGACAUUUUCCCGCUCAUUGAUGAAACCUACCUGAUGUUCUGGAUCGGUGUCACCAGUGUGCUGCUGCUGUUCAUCGUGUAUGCAUACAUGUACAUUCUCUGGAAGGCUCACAGCCAUGCAGUCCGCAUGAUUCAGCGUGGCACCCAGAAGAGCAUCAUCAUCCAUACAUCAGAGGAUGGCAAGGUGCAGGUGACCCGGCCAGACCAAGCCCGCAUGGACAUUAGGCUGGCCAAGACCCUGGUCCUCAUCCUGGUGGUUUUAAUCAUCUGCUGGGGCCCUCUGCUUGCGAUCAUGGUGUAUGAUGUCUUUGGGAAGAUGAACAAGCUCAUUAAGACAGUGUUUGCCUUCUGCAGCAUGCUCUGCCUGCUGAACUCCACCGUGAACCCCAUCAUCUACGCUCUCAGGAGCAAGGACCUGAGGCAUGCUUUCCGGAGCAUGUUCCCCUCGUGUGAAGGCACCGCACAACCUCUUGAUAACAGCAUGGGAGAGUCGGACUGCCUACACAAACACGCGAACAACACAGCCAGUGUUCACAGGGCCACGGAAAGCUGCAUCAAGAGCACGGUCAAGAUCGCCAAGGUGACCAUGUCUGUGUCUACAGACACAUCUGCCGAGGCUGUGUGAGCCUGACACCUCCUGGGUAGCACAGGAAAAGAAAUUCUUUUUUUUUAAGCUCAAAAUCUCGAAGAGUCUGUCCUCACCGGUUAUCAUUUUUAACUUCAUCAUGCUUACUGAAAAGGUGAUUUUCACCAUGAUCAGUUGUCUGUUCUCUAAUGUUUUGGUAGUGUAGAUUCUCAAACUCCAUUCUCUAGGGGUUUACAGUGAAGAAAGCCCGUUUCUUAAGUGACUGGAAGGUCCUUCAAAGUCUCAAUGAAGUAGGAGGGAAACCUUCUGCCACACAAUUUGAAGUCUAAGUACCACAAGAAAAAUGCCAUCAAAUGAAUAAUGCCUUUGUAACCACACUUUCAUUGUAAUGUGAAAUGUAUUUGUCCAUCAGUGUCAGAACUAUUUAUAUUGAUAACAGUUAUAGAACUAAAGUAGAGCUAUUUUGUGAAGUGUACUGAGUCCUGUGAGAUGUGCAUCAGUGUUUACUAUGUGUUGUUUAUAUUUGUUUAGUUCAGCAAAACUGAAAAGUAGAAUUUUAUGAAAACAAUGGACAUAAGCAGUGGAUAUAUGCCAACAAGACCACUUUUUAAAAGAGUAUUGCUCAUAAUAUAACUUUAGAAACUUUAAUAUUUUUUCAAACAUCUCUAUUUAAAUUUGACAUUGGAAACAACCAUAAAGGUUUAUUUUUUCUGUUAAUUCAACAAGAAGAAUUUGAAGACUCUCCAAAGUACUGAGCAGAAUUCAUUGACACUUAAACAUUUAUGGGCUCUGCAUUUUCAUAUAAGGACAUUUAUUCCCUUCUGUACUAAAGCUGUUCUCUUGGAUGAUGGAUUACAGUUAGAAUGGAAGAGAGAAGGCAUAUUGACUUUUUCUGGCUGACUUUCUUUAGUCUCCAGCUAUUACUGGACCUCUUAAGACAGCAUGUGUCAAUCUCAAUGUAUAUUGUUAUCACUGUGCAAUUGCUGUUUACUUGAAAAAUAUUGUAUUCUUAUAUUCCAGGUUUAAGUAGAUUUCAUGCCUGGGUGGCCAAACAGCAGUUUUCAUUUUUUCUUAAUUGAAAAGAAGUAUUGUCUGGAUCAGUAAAAUUAUUCUGUGUAAGCGUGAAUAUAAAUGUGUAUGUGUGUGUUUCUAUGCUGUAACUGUUAUAGUAAUGUCAUAAAGUGAGAAAACUGUGACCAAGUGUAAACUGUACCAUUGCUGCACUUGUACAUGAAUUCAGUUUCUAAAAUUGAACUCAUUCAGAAAUCUUGUUGAUAACAUAUUGACAAUAAGCAUUCAGAACCCUCCCCCUGACCCCUGUCUUUAAGAGAUUGGGUUAAGUAUUACUAAAUCGACCUUUAGGUAUUCCAUAAGGCCAGUGUUUAGGAAGGAAUAAUCAGUAGUGAAUUCAAGUGAAGGUCUGUAUUUACAUUGUUAAUGUUAGGAAAUGAGAGUGUUUUGGUUUCUGAGCACCUAAUAUGGUCCAUGGAGAUGUAAGUCAUUAUAAGCAAAUUGACCCUAAAAAAUCUUCAGUGAAAACAUUUUUCAGUUGUGUUUGUAAGCAGUGUGAUCCCAGUUUAUGUAACACUAGACACGGUUUGCUGAAAGUUAGACGGCCAGGUCUAGCCCAUGUGGCUAUGGAGGAUGAUCAGACCUCUCGUGGGUGAGAUAGAAAAGGGCAAUGAGGAGCUGACACACUCAUGGUUGAGGCCUGGAUGACAUAGGGCUGCUUCUGUGCUUCACCCAGAUGCCCUUGGGGACAACCCAGCACCCAGCUUUGUCUGUGUAGGUUUGAGCUAAGGAAUAGCCUCUUGUAUGGUCUUGGUUACCAAGACCUGCUAUAGCAUGAAGAUGAGCACAGCUCUCUUGCCUCUUAUGCCCUAUUCUGUUAUUUCUUAAUGGUUCCAUGGGUGCUAAAAAUUAGGCCCUUUCCCAGUAAGCACUGAUAUUGCUUAAGAAACCAAUUGACUCUAAGUAACUUUACCUAUAAUCUCCUCAUACAGAUACAGCAUGGCUCCUGCAGAAUCCAGAGGCCUGCAUAGCAUGAAGUAAAGUGGAGAGCUAGCAUUUUUGGUAGCUUUUUAGGUGUUUGGAUACCUGCUCAGCCUGGUGGAGUCUUCUUGCAGUGUAUGGUCUAAGGCCAAAAGUGGCCUGUGGACCAAGCAGAGAUACUUAUACUCAUCUGUCUGUACAACUCAAAUCCACCUGCUGGCUCCCUUACUUUGCUUUCUGUGAUAUGCACACGAGGGCUCAGGUUGCUAGAGGAUUAACAGGAUCUCAUUAGAAGAAGGAGAAAAGAUUCUUUAUGAAAAAACUCACCAGGGCCUCAUUUUCAUUUUAGAAAUGCCACUCUUUUGUCCCACAUUACCCUGAAUAUUAAUCCACAUGUCUCAGAGCUUACCAGGCAGUACCAAUUUUCUUCUCACAGAGGUGAAAACCUGGUGAAAAUGAAAUUCUAGUUAUUGGGUAGAAAAAAACAACAACUCUGGAUUCAUUUUUGAAACCGUAUUUGUGUGUAUGCAAUGUAGACUUGAUUGUGUGUUGUGCUUUCAAGAUCUAAAUCACAUGUAAUCAAAUAAGGGACCAUGGGGCUGACAGCACUACACUUGGUGCUCACUGACAUUCUAAGAAAUAUCUGUGAAAUAUCAUCAUGUAUGUGUUAUGCCACCUUCAUCUGAAAGCAUUUGAAUUAGUUUGAUUUACUUUGACACUUUUAAUAUCAUUUCUUAAUCUGGGUCAUUCAAAUGUUCUCCCCAUGAAUAUGCUCAUUACAGUUACCAUUUAUUAGUAUCAUUCAUUAAUUAGUCUCUCAAUUAGACCUAUUAAUUUAAACAUAACUUAGAUUCUAAUAAGUUUUUAAAAGUCCAGCUUCAGAUUGAUCUCCUUUCCUCUGAGGGUAACACAUUUGUCCUGACCUUGCCCUCUAUGUACCAUCACAUGUCUUCAGAAAGGGCCAAAUUUCCAACCUGCUCAGUUUCAUCAGAGCAAUGAUGCAUCUUUCAGUCUUAGGACAAUAGUUUUAUUUAGACAAGAAGGGCUGCCUCUGAGAACCUCUAAUUUUCAUUCCAUAUGAAAUAUGAGUAAAAGAAACAUGGAUCUGGAAGAAGCCUCCCCAUCACUUUGAGUCAAGUCUAUCUGGUGCGAGGGUCAAUGUACUUUGGCCGCGUAAACUCACCCUGCAGAAAAUAGGCCCGAACACCACAAGAGAAUUAGGCCCUGGAUGAGUAGCAUUCUUGUUACUGUCCUAAUGAUUAAUUUAUGCCAUUCCAUGUUUGUAACGGAGACCACUGAUACCAUGCACAAAAUUAGAUUUCUCACAAUCUAACUGUAUAUUUGUAAGAUAUUUUAAAAUCUCCUAAAUGCUGGGCAAUGGCUCUUAACAAUUGUCUUGCACUGGCCUUCUGAUGAAAUGUUAACAAUGCCUAUUGUAAUAUAGACAAAACAUCUUAUCUACUGAUUUGGGCUGAAUGUAUGUAAAUAGGUUUUCAAAAACGUCAGAUGUUUAAGCAGUGGCCUACAAAUCAGUAGUUUUGGGGUAGAAAAGUUUCUUUACAUUGCUGUGGCAUCCUAAAAGCUAUCUUCAUGUAAAUUUAGUACACUAGGCCUGCUGGGGAUUGGAGUCCCCAGGAGAGGAAGCCUUUUCUUGUAAUAAUAUAAAUGAAGAUACUAGAUCAUCUAGAUUUUAACUUCCAAUGUUUCAAGUGGAAAACAAUUCUUUAUUGUCUGUAAAUCUAACAUUAUUACUUCUCCUCUUAGAAGAAUAUUGUAUUGUUAGAUGUUUGUUGAGCUGGUAACAUCCUUGCAACUGCUGUAAUUUCUUUGUUAGUAAUCUGUAUAAUAUUUUGUACACAAGUACCAGUAAGAUUGUUAUUCACUGUAGCUUCAGUCAUUAAAUUACUAUAGCAAAGUAGUAUUUCUGUAAUACACUGUAUUCAGCCCACACUAUAUUUUAUUUCAAUGAUGUAAUUAAAGUGUUAUUUACAAAAUUAAUUGUUAUAAAUUAAUUACAAAAGAGAAAACAUCCCAUUGUGUCUAUUGUCCAA